AUGUCGAACCAAAACUCAUCUUCGCCUCCGCCGCCUGCACCUUCGCAAUCGUCCUCUUCGAUCCCGACCUCGAUUCCUACCCUUCGUCCCAAGAACCAAAAACCCAACUUCGCGCGUCCUGCCACCUCAGACCUCAAAUCGCGUCUUCAAACCUUCCUUCCUCAGAUGGCUGCUGCGAAUGCAGAGCUCGAGAAGCUCGCGCAAGAGGGCGGUCUCGAAGGAAAGAGACUCGAAGAUGUGGGCGAAGGUGACGAGUAUGUCGAGAUGGAGCUGGGCCUCGGUGUCAUGGAGGAAAAGAAAGAGGGAGAUGACAGCAGCGAUGAGACCUCUGACGAGAGUUCCGACGACAGCAGUGAGGAUAGCAGUGAAGAAGAUGACGACGACGAUGAGAAGGAGCAGAAGAAGAAGCAGAAGGAGAAAGAACAAAAGGAGAAGGACAUCUUGGGCAGACUCAUGGGACAUAAGCAAGGCAGAGAAAAGGCUGCUGGUAUUCAGGAGGUCGAAUGA